AUGGGAUCCUUUUCUUUGGAUCCCAUUAGUGAAGAGUACACUGAGAUAUUCCAGUCAUUCCUGCACGACAUUGAUUUUCAAAUUCCCAAUCAUGAAUAUCACGCAGAUCUACAAAGUGAAAUGACAUUGCACUUCAUAGAGGAGGGCUUCUCAGAAAAGUUCAUCUGCCGUCUUCGCCCGGUAUUGGAAGCCAGCGCGGGCAUUGCUAUGACAACUUUCUAUCACGCCUCCCUCGAGGUCCAAAAAAUUGUUGGGAUAUAUACCGCAUACGCAAUUUUCAUCGACGAUCAGGCGAAAGAAUUGGAACACGAUCUAAAGCAGUUCAGUCUGAAUCUACUUUCCGGGAAACCUCAGAACAACAAAGUCCUGCAAUCGUAUGCUCAAUUCCUAACGGGAAUGCACGACAUCUUCGGUCAAUUUGGCGGCGAUAUGAUAAUCAAAGACACCAUCCAGUUCAUCAGUGCAUGUUACUUUGAACUCAAACUCGACACCAACAACCUAUCGUUUCCGAGAGACGCUCCCGAUUUCCCAAAUUAUAUCCGAAUCAAGACCGGUGUCGCCGAAGCAUACGCCUUUAUGGUAUUUCCAGAGUGCCUGUUUCCAGAGGAGCACUAUCUGGGAACCUACUUGCCCAUGAUCUCAUACCUACAGGCAUAUCUCAAUUCUGCGAACGAUAUCAUGUCAUCUUACAAGGAGGCCUUUGAAGAGGAGGAUUGCAACUUCGUCGACAACUCCGCCAAAGCCCUCGGGGUGACACGGAUUCAAGCUUUAAGAAAAGUUUGUGCUGAUACCGUGGAACUCGUUGGGCGAUUGCGUUGCUUGAGCAGUGCCAACUCUGGUCUUUGUGCGACCGUCGAAAGCUUCAUUCAUGGAUACGUCAUGUACCAUCUUUGUCAGAGACGGUAUCGGUUGGAAGAGCUUGGUCUUCCUAUUGCGAAUGAGGCACAGCGCCUUGUUGAUUUCUCUGCUAUUCAAUAG